AAUAAAAACACUGUAUGUCAAGUUUGAGUGAGUGAUUCUUCGACGUGAUCGAUCAUCAAUUCAUCAGCGAUCAAUUUAUUUUUUUAGUCAUAUUGACAUUCUUCGAUUUGUCAAUUUGGAAUUUCUCAAACGUACAAAAAAUUAUACGAUAAUGGAGAAGGCAAAACCGAGUAAGAAAAAAGCGUAUUAUAAAAAGGCAGAUCAAGGAACUGCACAGAGCGGAAAAAAUACUUCAAACUUGAAAUCAGGCUCAAACAGCGGUGCCAACAAUUCACGUCAUUUCGAUCCACACGUUUUGGACGAUAAAACAAGCUUCGUCAAAAGAUCUCUUCAACAACCAACAUCACGUUUAGCUGAUCUCGAUGAGAUAUGGCAGGAUACACACGUUGGUCAGGACUUCGAAACUCUCGUCAAUGCUCCUCUCUCAGCUGAUGGACAUUUCAUUUUUAAAUCCGAAAAAAAUUGGACCUUGGAUUCCUCUAAAUAUGAUGAUUUUUUCACGGUCGACAUAAAGGACUUGGCUACCAUAAUUCAAUGUAUUCCAUACAAUCAAUAUGUUCAAGUUGACAAUAAGUAUUUCACCAAAGAUGAGCUCACAGACAUAAAUAACACAGCAGAAAAAGGGAAAAAAGCCUACUACCUGAUGUUGGAGGAGACAAAACAGAAAAUUGUUGAGAGAGCCAAUGAGGCUUAUAAUUCACAAAGAAACAGCAGUCGUGAAGAUUACAAGAAUGUUGUCACAGAGGAAGAAUACCCCAGAGAAGAGGCUGCAAAUUCUCUCGACAUGGAAGAAGAUCUUGAAUUCUUAUUGUCUCUGAAAGAGCCUGUGAGGACUCAUCCUGUCAGCCUAGGCUCGACCACCAAAAACACAGAAGAAACAAAACCAAAAAAUCUCCCUGUUGCAACAAAGUCCAUAGAUCUUGAAAAAUGGCUGGAUUUGGUUCUGGACGAUUGAUGUGUAAAAAAAUCGUUGUAUUUUACAUAGUUAAUAAAUAGUCUAUUUUUAUUCUUA